AUGGAGGAUAUUGGGUUAGUCGAGCAAGGUUGGAAAUGGCUUCAAACGCAGAAACAUUUAUGGUUGUGCACGGAAACUGCGGCGGGGACCUUGAGGGAAAAAGUUGGAGUCUUUAUAGAGCGCCAUUGGCCAAAGGUGUGCAGUUGGUGCGCUAGAUUUUGGCAAUUAGUGUGCUUUGUGCUGAUUUAUUGGAAGGACUGUGUUGUGAGGGGUUUUCAGUCUGUUACCCAACUGGGUUCAGCUGCCUUGUUGGUUAUAAUGUGGAGUUAUUUUCUUAGCCUCACUUCGAUGUCUUGCUUACUCUACGUGCUUCCGAGUAUGGGUGCUGCUGGUGUUGCUGUUCGGUAUUUGGGUUACACUUCUGGAAUCUUCAUUGUGGGGCUCUUUGCUAUUUUGAUAAUAUGGAUGUAUGCUAACUUUUGGAUAAUGGGAACAUUGUUCAUAGUUGGAGGCUAUGUAUUCUCACUUAACCACGCACGGUUGGUGGUCCUUAUGGCUACUAUAUACACAAUUUAUUUGGUCAAAAUUCGAGCUGGAUGGCUAGGAGUUUUUAUUGCAAUUAAUCUUGCGUUUUUCUCAAGCGACGUAUUAAACCUUUUGCUGGAAUGGUGCGACAAAAUGAGGGAAGCCACCCACUUAGAUGAGCAUAAAGAAUCAAAAACAGCUAUGGAAGAUGACUUCUCCGCAGAGUGUGAAUACACUAUUCCUACUAAUGAACCUGAGAAGCAGCACACUUGCAACGCCUCUAGUAAACCAGCUGGGAGUUCCUGUGUUAUCAAGAAGCAGAAAGAGUUGCCUGCUACAAUUGCAGUCAAAGAAACAAAUUCGCUUGAUGAGAUGAAAAGAAUAUUAAAUAGCAAAGAUCACUAUGAAGCACUGGGUUAUACUCAUCAUAAAAGAGUUGAUGCUUCAGUUUUGAAAAAGGAAUAUCAUAAGAAGGCCAUGCUCGUGCAUCCAGAUAAAAAUAUGGGAAUUUCGUUGGCUAGUGAAUCAUUUAAGAAACUUCAGUGUGCUUAUGAGGUUCUUUCUGAUUCAACAAAGAAGAGUGAAUACGAUGAACAAUUAAAAAAAGAUGAAUUCAGCACUAGGAAUGUCUGUCAGCAGUCAUAUCGUACCUCUCAUCAGGAUGGUCAGGAUUAUUUGUCUGAAGAAUCUAGGCGUAUACAGUGCACGAAAUGUGGCAAUUCACAUAUUUGGGUGUGCACGAAUAGGAGUAAGGCAAAAGCAAGGUGGUGUCAGGAUUGCUGUCAAUAUCAUCAAGCCAAGGAUGGAGAUGGGUGGGUUGAAUACAAAGGCUCAUUGGUGUUUGAUAGGCCUCAGAAGAUGGAAAUACCACGUGCCUUUGUUUGUGCUGAGAGCAAAAUCUUUGAUGUUUCAGAAUGGGCCAUUUGUCAGGGAAUGGCAUGUAGGCCAAACGCUCAUCGACCCAGUUUCCACGUCAACAUGGUCGGUUUGGGGAAAACGCAGCAAACUAACUCAUCCAGAUUUCCAUGGGAUUUGGAUGCUGAAAUGAUGGAUGAGGAUGAGGAAAAGUUUGAGUUGUGGCUUCAACAAGCUUUGGCCUCUGGCCUCUUUUGUGAGUCCUCCAAACGAAGAAAGAGCUGGAGUCCAUUCAAGUUGCCCCAGAAAGGGAAAAAGCAGUGGCGAAGGACAUCAACCUGAACUUGAGGGGAGUAAAAGUUUUGUUCCCCUACUCUGGUGAGUAAAAUGAAAAUUGUUUUUUCUCACUGGAAAUUGCACUUGAUGGGCUGUGCUAUCGCCUAUCGGUAUACUGCGAUAAUAAUCUUCAGAUCUAUUCCAUCUGAUGAAUGUGUCCUAACAUUGAGGAAGGAACAACCGGUAAAAUUUGGAUGAAUUGUUGGGCAAAGACUGGUGUUUGAUCGAAGGACCAUGUCAUUUUGAAGCACAAGUUUGGGAAGCAAAUGUGUUUGGCUUGUCCAAAUGAUCUAGCUGAUAGAGGAAAGGAGAAGGGGUGGGUUAGGAGGAAAAAGUGAGAGAAAAAGAAGGCUCUUGUAUUGUACAUAAUUCUGUCUUCUAUUCAGUCACUAUUAGAUAUUUUGUACUAGUAAACAGACGUAGAAAAUCAGUUUUUUUUUUUUUUUUUUCUCUCUAGGAAUGAUACAAUUUGGAAACUAUAUUC